AUGGAUCAUACCCGGGGUGACAUCCCGACUUACGCAGAAGAGCACCGCAAAUGCCCAUCUCUCGAUGAGACCGACACCGAUAGCGAGGACUUAUCCGAUGAGACGGCAAACCACGUUAACUCAUUAGAGCUCGAGCGCAUUAAUACCUAUCGCCUUCAGCAAAAGACAACCGUUGGCUCAACUAGAGGCCCUCUGCCGCGGGAGCAAUGGCUGCCCAUGGGUGCCGGGAAAGAGUAUCCUCCAUUACUCCCUGAUCCUGAGCAAUAUGUGGUGGAGUUUGAUGGACCAGACGAUCCAUUACAUCCCUACAACUGGUCCAUGCUGAGAAGAGCUUUUCUCGUAUGCAUCCUCUGCUAUUCAACCUUUGCCGGCUCCUUCGCUAGUGCCGUCUUCUCCGCUGCCAUUGGGUCUGUGAGCCAGCAAUUUAAUAUCGGCACCGAGGCUGCAUCGCUAGGCGUUACAUUAUACGUUUUAGGUUUCGCUGCCGGCCCGACGAUCUGGGCGCCGGCCUCUGAGCUUAUCGGACGACGCUGGCCGUUGUCCGUCGGCCUCUUCGGAUGUGGUGUCUUUAGCAUUGCCUGUGCCACUGCAAAGGAUGUGCAGACUAUUAUGCUAAGCCGUUUCUUUGCUGGACUGUUCGCCGCCAGCCCCAUCUCGAUCGUCCCUGCUGUCUUUGCCGAUCUAUUUAACAAUGCCCAGCGGGGUAUCAUCAUGUCGAUCUUCUGCAUGGCCGUCUUUAUUGGACCCUUUGCCGCCCCUUUUGUGGGUGGAUUUAUUGCCAUGAGCUCCCUCGGAUGGCGCUGGACCAUGUACAUAUCCGCCAUCAUGGUAUUCCUGGGCUUCAUUCUCGUCCUUCUCUUUUUGGAUGAGUCUUACCCUCCCGUGAUUCUGGUCCGCAAAGCCUCGGAGCUUCGUCGGCAAACGCAUAACUGGGGAAUUCACGCCAAACAAGACGAGGUGGAGGUUGACUUCAUGGAACUCGUCCGGAACAACUUCACACGUCCGAUAACCAUGCUCUUCACGGAGCCCAUUCUCCUCCUCAUCUCGCUCUACAUCUCAUUUAUCUACGGCCUCAUGUAUGCUUUACUCGGUGCAUAUCCCGUCGUCUUCCAGGGUGUUUACGGUAUGAACAUGGGAGUGGGUGGCCUUGCCUUUGUCGGUCUCAUUCUGGGUGAACUGCUCGGCGGCUGCUUUGUGCUCUUCCUACAGGGUGGCUAUAAACGCAAACUCGCAGCAAAUGGAGACAAGCCUAUCCCUGAAUGGCGCCUCUCGCCUGCCAUUAUCGGUGCUGUACUUUUUGCAGGAGGGAUGUUCUGGUUCGGCUGGACCGGCUACACAUCCUCCAUCCACUGGAUGGCUCCCAUGGCCUCAGGAGUCCUCACCGGCGCCGGAAUCUUCCUGAUAUUCCUACAAUGUUUCAACUACAUCGUCGACUGCUAUCCCACACUUGCGGCCUCCACAAUAGCAGCAAACACGAUCCUCCGCUCCGCAGUCGGCUGUGCAUUCCCCCUCUUUUCGAGACAGAUGAUGGAGAACCUCGGUGUCCAAUGGGCCGGAACCAUGCUGGGCUGUAUUGCAGCUGUGAUGAUUCCCAUCCCUGUGGUGUUCAAGUUAUAUGGUCCUUGGCUGAGGUCCAGGAGCAAACUGGCUUGCUCGCCUGUUUACGAUGUCGAGAAGAAACCUUAUGAUGUAUGA